AUGUCAACCGCUGCUGCUUUUACAAACAGCGAAGAGACAAUUCGCAAAGUACUCGAGACGAGCCAAACCAUUGCCCUAGUUGGAGCCUCGGCAAAACCCGAACGGCCCGCUCAUCAUGUCAUGCAGUUCUUGUUGGAUAAGGGAUACAAUGUCAUUCCAGUUAACCCAGGAAUGGAAGGCAAGGAAUUGCUGGGGCAAAAGGUCUAUGCCAAUCUCUCUAGUAUCAACGAAGAUAAUCACAGUGUGGAUAUGGUGGAUAUCUUUCGGAAUGCGGCUGCCUGCCCUGGGAUUGUGGACGAAGCCAUUGCGAUUGGGGCCAAGACUGUGUGGAUGCAAAUGGGAGUGAUCAGUCAAGAGGCAGCAACAAAAGCACAAGAAGCGGGUUUGGAGGUUGUCAUGGAUCGGUGCCCCAAGGUGGAGAUUCCGAGAUUGGGACUUAGUGGUCCAUCACCACCCGAGUCGUCUCUCUGA